AUGAGGAGAUUGACGGAUUGGGGAAAGGAAUACAAACAGGGAGGGAGGGCGCUGCAGAGGGAGACUGAACUGGACGGAGGUGGGAGGGGCGACGCGACUGAGGGGGCUGCGAACUGGACAGAGGCAAUCAACACACCAAAACAUCUCCCAAAUUCCUUCUUUUCCGACGAUUCUGUUUCUUUUUUACCAACCAGCGUUUCGAGCUCUCCUUCCUCACUCUUCAUCUUCUUCUUCGCUCGGCUCAGUCUAGCUAGGGUUUCGAAGAAACAGAAGAGCAGCACAGAAAUGGAUUGGGGCAACGUCACGGCCGAGGAUCUGAUCGACGCACUCCGCGAAGUGGACUGGUCUUCUCCGCCUCGCCCUCUCUCUGAAUUCUUCUCCAAGUUCACCGUCCCCAGAUCCUCCUCCAAAUGGAACAGCCGCCUCAAAUGCAAUUUCUACUACUACAGGACCAACUACUUCCUUUUGAUCAUUUUCGUUCUUGGCUUGGCUUUUCUUCGGAGGCCGCUUGCUAUUGUAGCUGCUCUUCUUACGGCACUCAGCAUUGCGAUUCUUAACGACAGCUUUGCAGGUACUUUUAGUGAGAAAGUAUUGAGAACUGUGAGACAAUUCUCUCCACAUUUGGCUGCAAAGAUGAGACCUCCUCUUACGCCUGUAAUUCGUGGACGUCCAUCAGCUAAAAGAGCAAUAUUCAUAUGCGGCCGGCCUCGCUGGGUGUUUGUCUUCAUAUUCUCUUCGGUGAGUUUCUUUCUAUGGUUUGUUUCCUGUGGUCUCUUAACUGUACUGUGGGCACUUGCCUUCGGACUGCUUGCCACUCUGUUGCAUGCAAGCUUCAGAACACCUAACUUGAAGGCACGCCUGAACACUUUCCGUGAGGAAUUUCGUGCAGUGUGGCGCAACUAUAGUGAGCUGUAG